GGUCAUGCGCUUUCAAGGGUCGAACUGAAACCGUCACAACGAAGGUUUCCACUUUUCCAGUCGGGUUUUAAUUUUUUAUUAUUCCACUCGGACUGUUCAUUGUCCAUUUUGUAAUAUCGUUUCUCGGAAUUGUUUUUCUUCUUUCCAUUUUCUUUCCAUUUGGCUUGGAUUUACACGGACAUGUUCCACCCAAACAGCGUCAGGGUUGUGUUGGCCAGGGUGAAGAAAGACAAGGAUUUACUAAGGCUCUACCAUUCGACGACGUUGAAAUGUCUGUCCAACAAUCUUCUUAACCAAAAACUGAAAUCGAAUUCCCAGUGGCGAAUACAAGAGAGGUUUUAUAAAAACAUAAGCCAUGGAAAACCUCCUGAAAAACCUUUUUCCAAAUUUUGGCAUUUAUUCCUCGGAACCUUUUUCCUUGGGACGCUAAUCGAUUGGGAUGAAGUCAAAGAAGCGAUCUUCCCAUCAGUCGACGCAGCUGAAAUCCAGCACCAGCCGAUUCCCAAGGAGAUAAUCAACACCUCUGAAGAAGAAGGUUCGAAGAAGAAGAAGAAAAAGGACAAAGUCGGUUUUAGAGACCGUAAGAUAAUCGAAUAUGAAAAUCGUAUGCGCCACUUCUCAACGCCGGAUAAAGUGUUUCGGUACUUUGCAACGCUCCAAGUCUCGCAUUCGCACGGAUCUAGCGAGACGCAUGAAGUCUUCAUGACGCCGGACGACUUUCUAAGGUCAAUGACGCCCGGAAUUAAACAGCCAGAUGGCCUGGGAUUGGACCAGUACAAGCGAUACGAUCCGAAGAACCAUGCUGAGAAUGUUCACAUGAAAUUAGAAUUAGCGUUGGACGAGGACAGCAUCUUUUACAAGCUCGGCAGCUCCGGUUUGAUAACGUUUUCCGACUAUAUUUUCCUCCUUACUGUCUUGUCAACAUCAAGAAGGCACUUCGAAAUCGCGUUCCGUAUGUUCGACUUGAAUGGCGACGGCGACGUCGAUUGCGAGGAGUUUGAGAAAGUAGCGACGCUGAUCAGACAGCAGACCAGCAUCGGCAACAGGCACAGGGAUCAUGCAAACACUGGAAAUACGUUCAAGGGUGUGAAUUCUGCGUUGACUACUUAUUUCUUUGGGCCUAAACUCGACCAGAAGCUAACGAUCGAGAAGUUUCUCGAGUUCCAGAGUCAGCUUCAGACUGAAAUCUUGAGUCUUGAGUUUACGAGAAAAAACCCAGAUGAAAAUGGCAACAUUUCUGAAGCUGAUUUCACAGAGCUUCUGCUCGCUUACGCAGGCUAUCCACCAAAAAAGAAAUCGAAGAUGCUGAAAAGAGUUAAAAAACUUUUUAAAGAUAACAGCCAAGGUGUGAGCAAAGAGGAUUACUUGAAAUUCUUUCACUUUCUUAACAAUAUUAAUGAUGUGGACACUGCGCUCACUUUUUACCACAUUGCUGGUGCUUCCAUCGAUAGAGCUACUUUAAAACAUGUCGCCAGAACCGUGGCUCAUGUGGAUUUGAGCGAUCACGUCAUAGCUGUUGUUUUCACAAUAUUUGACGAUAACCUUGAUGACCAGCUCAGCAACCGAGAGUUCAUUGCUGUCAUGAAAAACAGGCUUCUUCGCGGACUCGAGAAGCCAAAAGACACGGGCUUCGUCAAACUGAUUCAGUCCGUUAUUAAAUGUGCAAAAGAAAACCGGCCCUCUUUGCGUGAUGUAUAACACGCUUUUAUUAAACGCAGUCAUCAAUCUUU